AAUCCUUGGGUUUCAGAGUAAUAUAUCGAGGAAUAUAUCAGAAAUCUUUCUUUCAAUUUCUACUAGAUUUCCCUUGUAUUUUCUCUAGAGGAAUUUAUUGAGAGCAAAUUGGGGCUUUCCUCAUUUUUCUCACCUAUCUUUCAUUUUAUCUGCAUCAAAUUGCAAUAUGAAAUUAUAGCCCUCCCACAAAUCGCUCUCCAAGUCCAAGAUCUAAGGCGCACGGUUCGUGAAACAAGAAAAGGAGCAGCAACUGCACGUCGAUGGUGCGGCGAGGAGUGUUGUGGACUCGAGGAUCAGAGGAUGGCUUCACAAGGCAACAUUGUGCAAUCUGAAGUUGUAGAGUAAUUAAGAAACCCUCUAGCCAUGGUUCAUGAAACAACAAGAGGAGUAGCAGCUGCACGUCGAUGGUGUGGCGAGGAGUAUCGCAGACUCAAGGAUCGAAGGAUGGCUUGGCAAGGCAACACUGUGCAGUCUGAAAUUGCAGAAUGCAGAGUUGAACUGGUUCACUCGAUCGGUUCAACCGAUCAACUAAAAACAAAUGAGGUAGAUGAAGACGAUCGGCGAAAGAGAAAAAGUGCAGUGACGGAGGAGAAGAUCGGCGGACGAUCAACGAAAGAGAAGAUCGGUGGACAAUCGAUGGACGAGAAGAUCAACGGACGAUCGACGAAAGAGAAGAUCGGUGGACGAUCGACGGAGGAGAAGAUCGAUGAACGAUCGAUGGACAAGAAGAUGAUAAAAAUUUCAACCCGACCGGUUGUAGCGGGUCACACGAGUUCAGCGGGCGUGAUGGGUGUGACGGGUUUCAACGGGCCAUUUACUUAAAUAGGUUGAGGUCUUCAAUUGGUCCGUUUUUAGGUCCAGGUCCAGUUAAAUCAGUUCAGCCGACCGGGCUGAACUGGGUCCAAAAACAUUGGUUUACUCUCGCUCAAACGGGUUGAAUAAGUGAAAUUACCUAGU